AUGCGGUCUUGGACCUUGGUCCAGCCUCUGCUGUGGGCGCAGUUGGCUCACGCUCACUCAAACCAACACCACGUCAUAGACUCGUCUCAGUCACCGCAUCAUCCACCGUCACCGUCAAAUAUCUCGACCUCAUUAUUCGCCAGUCUUGAGCGUCUGUCUAGAUUGGUAGACAUCUCAUACUGCAUCGGCAAUACCGGCAUCCACAAACCAUUCCAUUGUCUGUCGCGAUGCAAGGAAUUCCCUGAUAUUUCGUUGACCACCACGUGGAGCACAGGGUUUCUCAUGGGCGACAGCUGCGGGUACAUUGCGUUAGACCACGGCAAGGCGAAUUCAAAAUCUAAAGCGGAAACGGCCUCUGAUAAAAAAGGAGCCAUCAUCGUUGCUUUCCGCGGCACAUACAGCAUCGCCAACACCAUCGUAGACCUGGGCACCAUCCCGCAGGAAUAUGUACCGUAUCCCGCUCCCGACGAUGACGACAAGGACUCCCAGCAGACUCUUCGUCGAAAGUGCAACAACUGCACUGUGCACAUGGGCUUCCUGCAAUCAUGGCGGAUGGCCAGGACAACAGUCAUCCCGGAACUCAAAGCGCUCAAGAGGAAAUACCCAGGCUAUCAAAUCCAAUUAGUCGGGCACAGCCUCGGAGGCGCCGUAGCCUGCCUUGCAGCGCUGGAGCUGAAGCUAUCUCUCGGCUGGGACAACCUCCUUGUCACGACGUUUGGCGAGCCCCGCGUAGGCAACUACCAGCUAGCUCGCUUCAUCGACAAAGCCUUCCACCUAGACGGCCCAUCCAACCUGGAGCACAGGUCCUACCGCCGUGUAACUCACAACAACGAUCCGGUUCCCCUCCUGCCCCUCGACGAAUGGGGAUACAAACCCCACGGAGGAGAGAUUUACAUAUCCAAACAAGAGCUUCAACCUACCGAGAUUGAUGUACGAACCUGUGUUGGUGACACCGAUCCGCAGUGUAGCGCCGGUGCCGAGACCACUCUGCUCGAGGAUGUGCGACGCCUGCUUCACUUUGCGCGGGCAUCUCCUUCUAUUGAGGAGUACAUUGCUGCGAGAACGUUGCCCACUCGUCUUAAGCUUUGGCAGCUGUUCUUUGCGCAUCGAGACUAUUUCUGGAGGUUGGGGCUGUGUGUGCCUGGUGGUGAUCCGGCGAACUGGGGACGAGGUUGGGCGGAGGGAUUCGAGUCGGAUGAGUUGUAA